AUGCUCUCCCUUCUCGCCUCCUCCUCUCCAUUCUCGCCGCCGCUUCCACCAGCACUCGAGAAUCUACCAUCGUAUUCGUCGGACUCCAACCACCACCACCACUCCUCCACCAGCCUCCUCAGCAUCGUUGCCAUCCUCGUCUUCGUCUUCGUCGCCUCCGCGUCCAUCCACCUCCUCCUCCGCUUCCUCUCCCGCUCCUCGUCCUCGUCCUCCUCCUCCUCCUCCUCAUCAUCAUCAUCAUCACCGUCCGAUCAAGAUUGUAGCGGCUUGAUUGCCUCCCUCCCACCCUUCUCCCUCGCUGCCGGCACCCCCGAGUCCUCCCCGGACUGCGCCGUCUGCCUCUCCCGCCUCCGCCCCGACGACGAUCUCCGCCUCCUCCCUGCCUGCCACCAUGCGUUCCACUCCCCCUGCAUUGCCGCCUGGCUCUGCUCCAACCCCUCCUGCCCUCUCUGCCGCUCCGCCAUCCUUCUUCCCCCUCCCCCUCCCCUGCCGCCACCAUCCGCCACCUCCGCAACCCUCCUCCACCGCGACGACCACCCUGCGCCCGCACCCCCGCUUCCCGCGCGUCCAUCUUCUUUGGGCCCAUCCGUCGACCAACUGGAGGCCGCUAAGAUGGCGGAGGCGGAAGGGCCUGCCAGUGGAGUUGCGAGGGGGUGGUUGACGGAGUACGUGGACCGGCUAGCAUCGUCGGCGUCGUCAUCCUUCUCGUCGAUGGGGAGCCACCGAUUCGGCGGUGGCGGGGAUGGUUGGGAUCUUGGGGGGGACGCGGGAACAAGCGGCGGGGACGGCCGCUCCGCCUCCUACCGGUGGUCGACAGGGGCAUGUUCGUAA